AAGGAAGCUUCCUUCUCAUCAAAUCUGGUAACACAAAGAGGAACAACACGUGUCGGUUCUGCUUCCACCCCUGUUGCUAUCCAACCCCAUCUAACAUUCCAGAAGCUACCAAGAUGUCGACUGAGUUUGUGCUCAAGCUUGCAGCGUUGCAAGAUGGGCGAAAGGAGCCCUCUGCCUCCGACACUGCACCGUCGGAUUCCCCCCCCGCAACAGAAUUUCGACGGGUUCGAUUCUCGCUCAUUGGAGGAUCGAUGCAAAUCACAGAUGCUGGAACUUUUAUUGUGGAUGCUGACAGCGAGUGCUUUUCUAAACUUGUUGACCGUGCUAGGAAUUGCUUUGACCCUGAAGACCGGGCAGCAAGGAUGCAGCUGCUUUACAAAGACUCUGAUGGCGACUUGAUUGUCAUGGGGUCCAAGGAAGAGCUUCUGGACGCUGUAGAGUCUCAACUGGAACAAUUCGAUGGAUGUUUGUACCUACCAAUCUGGGUAUAUCUUGUGAAUGGGCCAACUGAUGGGAAGGCAGAACCAACAGAACUUGUUGCUGCACUAGAGCCGACAGCGCGCCCUAUUCUGUCAGAGCCAGCAACAGAGCAGGUUGCUGUACCAGAGCCACCAUCUGAAGCAAUCAGUCCUCCCCAACGUGAUGGGCGGGAUAGACAAGAUGAAUUUCAGAAAAAAGCCGAUUGGCGACCGGCUGUGGUCUAUUUGCUUGGUUUUCUACUCCUUUUGAUGGCAGCUGCCUUACCUCGUCAACCUAGCCAAAGUACUGCUGCUCACCAUGGAGAGCUCUGCCCUGAGUACGUGGAAAGGGCAACUACUCCUUACCCUGCGUGGCAAGAGCAGUGCACCCCUGAGAAUCAGAAGCAGAACAAUACAAAUGCAGGUAACCACUCGAGUGGAAAGACCUCAGGAUCACAGGGCAGCACCAAUCCGCCACCGUCAGGGAGGAUCGAUGAAAGGUCAGACCGCGAGGAGCUGAAUCACAGCACCAAUGGUGCAAGCAGUCUGGAAGAAAACCUCUCUGAUGAGGAUGCUUCCUCGCCAUUGUCGGGAACAAGAAAGACAUCAGAUGUAACACAUUGCAACUCUGGAAGCCCAGAACCUGAAGAUCGUGUGCAUGAUACAAAUCAGGCCCAGUACACACACUCUCUCGCCAAGGCUCAACGAUCACCGGGCACAACCAACACAUCACUCGCCACAGAGAGAAUCCCUGGAAGCUCGGAAUCUGAGAAGCAGAAGCAAAGAAACAUUGAUGCCAGCACUCAAGACAGCAACCGUGCUGAAGUGGGUACUGAGACAUCGGCUUCCCCUAUCGCCACCACAGCAUCUUCUAGCGAGAGAAGCACUGAAAGUUCAGCCCCUGAGAAGAUGAAGCUGGCUAGCAAAGAUUCGAGGGCUCUUGAAAGGAUUCUCUAUGAUGUAUUGGACAACCAACCCUGUACACUGCAAGCUUACCGAUGGAUUGAGAAGGAUCCUCACUGGAAGACCUACUCCAAGGAACGUUUGCGACAGCGCUUCGGUCUUGCUUUGUUCUACUGUUCUACAAGUGGAGCUACAGCUUGGCUUCGCUCUGACAAUUGGUUGUCCUACAGCGUCCCUGAAUGCCAGUGGUGGCCAGGUGGUUUCGCCAUGAAUGUCUGUGGAGAAGAAUCAGAUAAACUUCAGUACGAAAGACUCUGGCUACCCGGUAAUGCAUUGGAUGGGGAACUGCCGCCACACCUGUUCAAACUCCUCCCGACGCUCCGUUAUGUCCACCUGGAUCGCAAUAUUUGGCUUGGGGGUACCUUGUCCGAGGGCAUUGGAUAUGCCACUGCACUGAAGCAACUGUCGCUCAAGCAUAACAUGUUCCAUUCAGCUUUCCCGACGGCGCUUGGUCGUCUCAGUCGUCUCACCAGAUUGGAGCUCUCAGAGAAUGAUUUUCAAGGCACGUUGCCGAAGGAAGCCUUUGGCAAUCUCACUUCCCUUCGAAAGCUGUCCCUGGACCACAACAGGUUCUCCGGCUGGAUCCCUGAAGCGAUUGUAUCUGCUCCUUUGGUCGAACUCCAAUUGAGCCACAAUCACUUCUCCGGUGGUGGUCUUCCUGCAAGCAUGCUUGGAUCCUUGACUCAUUUGGAACACCUGUCAGCUCCGAUUCUCACCGCUGGGGCAUUGGGCACCGAAGGAGACGACCUGGUAAUUCCUACGGAACUGGGGCUUUUGACCAGACUUCACUCUUUGGACAUGUACGUGCCUCCAGCUCUUUGGUUGUCGCUCAAGUCACACAAGUGGGAAAGGUCAGAAGUUGCAGUCCUCUACAAUCUGGAUAGAGCUCGUAUUGGCACAGAAGCGAGCGACGAGGAGCUGAUCGACUUUAGCACUCUUUGAAGUUGCGAUGCGAAACGUGUGUGAUGUGUCUGUUGCGUGAGCCUAUGGUAACAAGCUGGGCGUUUGAAUGAAAAUGAUGUACUAUUUCUGUGUUACAAAGUGUUUGCUAUUUGAUUGUAAGCUCUGAUGAGAAACAGUCAGAUUGUAGUGUUGGCAUAGAAGGGCCAGUCACCGCGGGCGCCAGGAGGCUGCAAGGACCAGAAACUGCUGGCUUGGCUGAAUUCAAUCCCUGGUGUGCUGUACUGUAUAAAGGGGCAAAUGCAAGUGAACCCACAAAUAAUGAUUUGGGGUAGCGUAGCGGUAGCAGGUGGAUAGCUGUGAGGGAGUGUGUUCCCUUGUCGUCCUUGGAGAGUUGGAUGGUGAUGCUGCCGCGCACAAUUAUCGAGGAAGGUUGUGCGGAGUGAGAAAGCGAUACCGGCUCUAUUCGAUGGAUAUCAUCAAGUUCACAGGUCAAAGUUAAAGUAAUCACCAGUUGACUGUGCUGGUGACGCGGGCUGUUGAUUCACUGGAGCUGCUACAGUGCUGUUGUGUUGACUAAGAGUGCAGAGAUCGUUUCUGUAAGUCUGUCUUGUGGUCUGACUGCCCCAGCCUCCGUCCGCUCUUCGGAGCUGCAUGGGUGAUGAUGUGUUUUCUCGAGAGUCCCGUCGUUGCAAACCUGGCGAUGAGAGUGAGACGUUCAGCAUGGCAUUCGCCAGCGUGAUCUCAUCCCAGCCGGAGGUCGAAGCGAUGCUAGCUGUGGACGCAUAGAAGUAGGUCAUGGUGAUUUCUGCGAAAGAAAAAAGUGUUGCUUUCUCAAAGUAAGUGUUGCUUUCUCGAUGUGGAUUUCUUGGUUUUAUGACAUCGGAAUUGACACCAAGACUGUGAUGAGCUUUCUCACUAAGACUUCCUUUGACACAACCGGUGAUGGGGGCUUCGACGUUGUCACGAGCCCGCUAUGCCCCUCGAUCCUCGAUGGGCCACAUCCUUCUCUCGAGAAUUGAUGAAGUUCUGCAGCAAACGUCAGAGUUGCUGCGCAAGCAGUACCAAUUGCUGUAGGUUUCUACGAGUUGUCACCUCUGUCCCCAAUUCUCGAGCGUUGUGACCACGAGGAAAACCUUUCAUUUCUUGUAUACCUUAUCUUUAAGAUACCAAUACUGGUACCCAUUCGCAUCAUGAUGUUUGGGUCAAGUUCGCACGAACCAUUAGCCAUCCAAUCCACCAUUUGUAGUCUACAGGGGCCCUCUAUAAGCCACCCACAGCAGUUUCGCCCCUCUCAGAAGGACAAUGCCAGAAUUUAGUGUCUGGGAGUGCGGCACCGGUACUGGUAGGCAAUAAGGACAGAGAUAGCUAUGGGUGGGGAAACACAGAAAUGUUGUUGUGGAGUAGGUCCAGGAAGGAGAUAGCAACGAUAUUAGGUGCGGAGAGUCAGGAGGAGGAGGAGAACGAAUGACACCACAUUACGGUACAUUUGAGCUGAGGAUUGGAACCGAUGCUAUGGUGUGGAAGAUCCAAUACUUAUAGAGACGGACCUUAUUAUCUUCAAUUUGAGUGAAGCAAGUAAAUUACAGAACUGGUGAUGUCAUCCCAUUUUGCUUAAUUAGAGUACAGUGCACUCCAAACCUCGUCCAAUCAGAGACAAGAUCUCAUUUUCCC